AUGAUCCCUCUCCACGGUGCAGCUUCUAGAGGCCACUUGAAAGUCAUGAAAUAUCUCAUACAGCAAGAAUCUGAUGUCAACAAGAAAGAUAACACUGGGUGGACAGCAUUCAACGCUGCCGUUCAAGGGGGGCAUCUACGAGCCGUUGAAUAUCUCAUGGCGAAAGGAGCAAAGCAGAGCAUAUAUGAUGGCAUAACCCCACUCUAUGCCGCAGCACAAUGUGGUCAUUUAGACAUCAUCAAACUCCUCAUAUCCAUGGGAGCUGAUGUGAACGAAGAAAAUGACAACGGGAGGACUUCUCUCCAUGGUGCAGCUUCUGGAGGCCACAUAGAUGUCAUGGAAUAUCUUAUUCAGCAAGGAUCUGAUGUGAACAAGGGUGAUGCCGAUGGUUGGACUCCAUUCAAUGCUGCAGUUCAAUAUGGGCAUCUAGAAGCUAUCGAAUAUCUGACGACUCAAGGAGCGGAGCAGCACAUUUAUGCUGGAAUGACCCCACUAUUUGCUGCAGCAAAAUUUGGUCAUUUACACACUGUCGAAUUCUUCUUAUCCAAAGAAGCUGAUGUGAACGAAGAAGUUGAUGGAGGGAUAAUUCCUAUCCACGGUGCUGCCUUUGGAGGCCACAUAGAGGUCAUGGAAUAUCUCAUUCAGCAAGGAUCUGAUGUAAACAAGGGCGAUGCCAUGGGUUGGACUCCAUUUAAUGCUGCAGUUCAAAAUGGUCAUCUACUAGCGGUCGAGUAUCUCAUGUCUAAGGGGGCGAAGCAGAACACAUGCGACGGGAUGACCCCAGUCUACGCUGCAGCGUAG